GUAAAUAAAUAGAACUUCCUUUAAGUUCUCUAUUGACUCUAAUUCGUUUUAGGUAAUAAAUGCACAAUGGCUGAAGAUAGGGAAGUUUUAAGAGAAAUAUGGGAAGGAAGAAUACCAGUCUGUUUUUCUCUAGCUGAAGAAGAAAUCUAUACUGGAGAACCACCAGAUCUAUAUUAUUUACUGGUACCAAGACAAAUUUAUUUUCCUUUGGUCACAGAUAAAGUUCAACGUCAUUUUAUAGCUAGUGUUGAUCCAGAUAAACAUGGUGAAAUGUGGCUAGAAUAUGAGGGCCAGCCUUUGAAAUGGCAUUAUCCUGUAGGAGUUCUAUUUGAUUUAUUUGCUAAUUCCAACAGUCUACCUUGGAACAUUACUGUUCAUUUUCAAGCAUUCCCAGAAGAAGAGCUCCUUCACUGUCCAGCUAAAGAAGCUAUUGAAUCCCAUUUUAUGUCUGUAGUAAAAGAAGCAGAUGGUUUAAAACAUAGAGGACAAUUAGUGAAUAAUAUGCAGAAAAAAGAUCAUAAACAACUUUGGACUGGUCUACAAAAUGAUAAAUUCGAACAGUUCUGGUCUGUAAAUAAGAAAUUAAUGGAAUCCUCUGGUGAUGAUUCAUUUAAAUAUAUUCCAUAUAGAAUUUAUCAGAAUGAUAGACCCUAUAUACAGAAACUAUUUAAACCAGUGUCUGAUGAUGGGGAAGUUCAAACAUUACGUGAUUUACUUAAAACAUUUGAUAAUGAUGAGUUAUGUUUUAACCCAGAUAUUUCCUCAGAGAAGAUACUACUAAUCCAAGGUAUACAACCACCAUUAGAAACUCCUAUACUCUGGUUAAGUGAACAUUUUAGUUAUCCUGACAACUUUCUACAUAUUUGUAUCGUGGAUAAAAUGAAAAAUGAAAGUUAAGAUGUUUGAAAUUAAUAAGUGAUAAAAAAUAAAUGCUGACAUGUAAUUUUACCCAAAUAACACACCAUGAGAAAGUUAAGAAAAUCAUCACAUGCUUAGAGCAUAGUCAUUAAAACAUUUGCUUUUCCAGCCGAAAAGCUUAAUUUCAACUAUUUAUUAUCGGAGUAAAAAUCCAAAUUGACGAAAUGACUCGAGACUGAAUGAUUUGGCAAAGCAUGUACGACUAAACUAAAGAGUUGCGUCCCUGUGCCAUUUCGCUAUUAUCGGGAAAAAUUUCAGUCAGUUCAAAAUUAAUUUAAAAUGAAAGGAAGCGUCGGAAUUGUCUGAAAUUUGCUGUGAAUAUUCAGGACACAUAUUAGUACGUCUUUUCCAAGUUUCCAACUAUAGCUUCACUGGAAGGGUAGGGGGGCGAAACAGCAACAGUGCCACACUUUCUAGAUUACUGUAAAUGUUAUAUAUAUAUUCGUUCAUGUCAAGUUAUUGUAUUGUUAUUUUGUUAUUUAUAUAUAUUAAAUCAGAUGUUUAU